AUGAGUUUUCCGAGCAUCGUAAGAGUGGCUGCAUUGUCUGGUGAACCGAUUUUUAUUUUCAACAAAACACUUUCUGGCACUGCUAUUUCUGGCAUUGAAGGACAAUUUUUAAAAAUUCUUGCAGAAAAAUUGGAUUUCCAGUUUGAAAUCGUCAAUCCACUUGAUGGAAAAUGGGGCAGUUUGAUGGAAGAUGGCACAUGGUCUGGGAUAAUUGGAAUGGUAGCUCGAGGAGAAGCAGACAUGGGUUUAACAUAUCUAGCCAUUAUGGAAGAUCGGAGCGAAGUCGUGGACUUCAGUGCCCCUUAUUAUACUAUCGACAGAACCUUCGUCACUGAUAAACCUGGUCAACUUCCAAAAUAUGCUGUGUUUCUUUACCCUUUUGAGUUGAAAGUCUGGAUAUUAUUCUUCAUUUUUCUGGUAAUAAUGCCCUUUCUGGUACGUAAUUUGAUUUUCUCAAGGACAUACAUUAUUUCUCAUUUGCCUGAUCCCUUGAAGCAACUAUUUCGUUUCAUUUCUAGAGAACAAUCGAUCGAAAGCUCUAUUCUUCAAACAACAUGGCUAAUUGCAUUUACUUUUAUAAUCUUCAUUUACAGUUCUGUGCUUUUAUCAUUUCUUUUAGUGCCUCUGCAAGAUCCUGGUAUUAAAGAUUUUCAUGAAAUGGCCUACGCUGUGCAGAAAGGUAACUUUAAGUGCCUUGCCCCUGAAGGAAGUGUUGAUGUCCAGCUUAUGCUUAAAAGUGACUCGUAUCAUCUUAAAGUACUUGGAAAUGUGAUUAGACAGAAAAAUUGGUUUUAUCAAAGCAGAAACGUUGAUACAAGUAAAACAAUUGGAAAAAAAUUAGCAUUGUUAGGUCCCCGUUUAAUUUUACAAAGUCGGUAUGGAAUUCCACCAUUCACCAAUAAGUUCAUUUCUGAUGACUCUAUUGUAGAAAUGAGCACUGCAAUUGCUCUUAAAAAAGGUUUCUGCUGCAAAAGUAGAUUGGAUGAUGUCAUUCUUAGAAUCGUUAGUGGUGGACUAUUCCAGAAGUUGGUAGAUGAAAAAUUGUUCGAGACAAGAACACUGCUGAGCUCGGUUACAUCUACUAAAGCAGCCACUAAGUCACUAACAAUCUCCGAUGUAUAUGGUAUUUUUCUUUUACUAACAUUGUCUUACAUGGCUUCAUUUCUCUUACUUACAGCCGAAAUUUUGUAUAAACGUUAUAACAUUGAGAAGCCUUGA